AUGCUUUCGAGGUCGAGCAGCAACGCAGGCGAUCGAUUGCGGCGAGCCAAGUCAACAUCGUCUGCCCACACCUCCUCGUCAGGUCACCAGCGCCAGACCACUUGUAUCGACCCGUUCACAUCCCGUCACCAAGCUGAAGCAGCUGCCAUCGAAGCAUACGAAAGAGCACGACAGACCGAUGAACCGGCCCAACGUCCACGGCCACAACGUCGCCGAAGCCAAAGAACCGGCAAGUCCGAAGGCGGCCAUUUCGAAGAUGCGAGGAAGAGAGCCCUGGCUCGUUCAUCAGACGAUGCGUCCAGAGCAAGACAGUCGCAAGUCCAGCAGGCGGCUGCCUCACGGCCGAGUACAGCUGCGUCUGGUGAAGAGCGUGUGAUUACACGCAGGAGAUCGGUAAUACCACCGUUGACAGACGCGGGACGGACACAGGUCGAUGAGCGAUCUUCGAUCUCGACUUCAGAUAAUCGUGGUCGACGACGACAAUCCACUCUUGGUGAUGGAAGCCCAGCACCGCGCUACUCGUUGACCGUCCAGGAGCAAGAGCCUACCUUACAACUGCCUGGCAUGCCCAGUGCUCGUCCAGAUGAUCAUAACAGCAAACUGUCCGGUAUCGCUGAGUUCAUCUCAACUCCAGGGUCCAGAACGCAGACACCGAGACAUUCGAGACCUUCGACACGUGAAGCAACACAGUUCAGUGAGGAGGCUCUGGACCAGGCCCGUGACCGGUGUCUUCAAGAUUUCCAAACCAAGAGAGUUCGGGAGAGGAAGUCUUUCAUCCUGGCCCCUUUCCAGAAGCGACGUACGCACAAAGUCGGCGGCAACUUCGACAACUCCUUGCCACCUUUCAAUUACGCAGAGAGUAACGACGCAGCACCACUUCCGCAGAACACAGUGGCACCUCCGCUUGCUGUCAAGACGGAACAGAAGGCAAGGAACCUCUCAGAUACGCUGAAGGGGCGCCUGAAGAAGGUAUUUCGAAAGACGUCCAAACAAGUAACAGGAGUUCCACCUCAACAUGUUGAGGCCCCAGAAUUCCACUUUACUGUUCGGGAUACGGACCUGAGCGAAGCAGACGACACCUUUGUGGACUACGCUGACCCAUUCAUGACCGUCGCUGCCGAGGAUCCCAGGCCGCAAAAAGAGGCCAGGUUUGACAGUACCAAGACCACCUCAUCCAGCGGCGACAAUAACACGAUAAAGUCGCGGGUCACAAGCUGGACCAACUCCACGGUAGCUGGCAUGUCGACUAUUCGCACCAACAAUGGCCCGUUUACAACAGCUGGCGAUGCUGGUGAUUCGAAGCCAAGCGACAGCUUGAGGACACUGAGGAAAGCAAGCUCAUUCUGGGGCUGUCCUAUCCAGAAUAAACUCCGUCGGACAAGCAAGAAUGAUCUCAAGGGCUCUGAGGAGAGCCAAGGGUUGUAUGAUGCUCUUCAAAAGCGUAUCAGGCCGUCAAGGUCGAUGGAGCCUCCGGGAGAGACCACGUUCGCAGGAUUUCAAGAGGCACCUCCAUCUCGUAAGUCGUCGGCUCUCGCAACCUUGCCGUCGCAACGAGACUACAGUUCGUCACAAGCAAGCAGAGCAUCAUAUACAAUCCGCUCCGUGACUCCGCAAGACCCAGCAGCGCAAACAGUCAACGUGCCAUCUCCAGUGAAGGAAAACUUGAGCCCAGAGGUGGACGCUGACUUGGAUGACACCGUCAUAACUUACCCAAUCCAUGACGACUCAAAGAAUAGCACGCCUCAAAGCGACCUCAAGCGUCGGCCAGCCGUUAAAGCUCAACCACCUUCGCAGGAGCAGCUAUCCAAGAGGCUCGAACGGUUUCAGAAUCGUUGGAAAUCUCCUCUUGAUGAGCUGUCUGCCCAAGGAUCCCGUCCGACAAAGACUUCGAUGAUGGAAGACAACCCAUAUGAACUGCGCUCACUCAGACAGGCUAUCCGACAGACAACACCGGGCACCGAUCUGCCGCAUCACACCCGAGUCCUGGAUGAAAGUCACGCAGUUCGAGCAGAUGCGCUCUCCCCAAGUGUAUAUUCCCGUGCAACAGAUGGAGCAUCGCCACGGCGGUUGACACCAGAAGACCUCGGUAUGACCACCAUCACGGUCACUGGACGCGAAGUCAGGCGGUACGACAUCUCGCCUCCAAAGCCUGCACAAGCUGGGAAAAGGCAAGCGAGCAGAGAAUGGCGAAGGUGGCUAUCGGAUGAGAUGAGCAAUCUCGGUGGUGGAAAGAAUGAGCUUGACCUGGUCGCAGAAGCCAAUGUUCGCCCCGUCGCUGUCGCGCAAGAGUCGUACCACACUGCAGCUGCUCGGCCACGCUCCAACACCGCAAGUCCUGAAUGCUUGUCGAGACCGGGCUCAGUAUCCCCAGCCAUGUAG